GCAGCAGCGCUCCUCCACCAUUUCGCUGCGUAAAGUCUCCUCCCCGCGACCGCUACAUUCUGCGCCGAAACCCAGUCUCUCCCGCUCCGGAUUUUAACUUCUUCCCACAGUCCUAGGUGUACCUCGUUGGGUACCGAGAGCCAGUUUGGACUACCGGCAUCACGGAUUGAGUGCGAUUUUGCGCGGAUGACGACUCCUUCAGCGAGAAUUUAGUAAAAGAAAAUCAGUCGGAAAUUUCAGAAUAUGUGGAAGGGAUCCUAAUUUCAGCAUCCUGGAAGUAGAAAGCACAGAAGACCUGUGUCUCACACCACAGACAGGUGCAGUGUGUGGUCGGAGCAGCUCAGAGGAAGGACGAUCUGGAGAGGAGGCGGAGCGGCAGCUCGCCUCUCCGGCUGUGGAUGUGCUGGGUGCCAACCCCCAGGCUGCACAGAAUGUGGCUGGGGAGUCGACUCGGCAUGCCCCGCAGCCGGUCGCAGCUGCCCCCCGCCCUGUCCCUCCUUCCACAAAUCCGUCCACGGUGCCAUUGCCAGACCACAACAACUCUGCGUUGCCGGGAAUGGAGCGCGCCUCUCCGAACACUUUGCCUGGGACUAUCCCCAGCAGCAACAUUAAGGCCAUCAUUUCACACGAGGUCCUCUCUGAGACCACGCCGACAUUUCUCACUGAGGAGCUUAGGUCCACUGCUGGAAUGCAAAAACUUCCCCCAGGUCCUCCUCUUGCAGCACAGAUUGACAGCACAGUGGAAGAGCAUCAGUACGGGUCACAAACUGUUAAAGAGAAAAGCCUGUCAAAUAGUCAGGAAUUCCAGAUUCAGCCUCAUCCGCAGAGUCCUGCGCCAGAGACUGGAAAAAAUGUGGAACUCACAGGAGGAAAUAUUCACUUGCGGCCCAAAUCACAAAUCUGUUUCACACUCCCCUCUUCCGGUUCCCAGUCAGGUGUUGGAUUUAAAAUCCAGGAACUGCCGGUCCAUACAGUUCAGCACAGCCACAAGGCUCUGUCAGGGGUUGCAGAGCCGGUGGGAAGUCGGCAGGACUCAAAACCUCAACUCCAAGUCAAACAAACGGACCCAUCGGAAGCAAAACCUACAACGGUCGGAAAGAUCUCUCCUGACGCCGUGGAAAAGGAGAAAACAAACUCUUUGGAAUCAGACGAGACUUUUCUCAGCACAGAAACUGGGCCUCAUUCAGUUGAAACUCUUCAGUUAUCAAAAGCCAGACAGUCAUCACCUGGAAAAGAAACCUCAGUGUCCUUCUGUGGCGCCGUGGAAGCAGCGCAUGCGGACAUUAACACAAGGGAUGAACACGCCGCCACAACCUCCUUCAACAUGCUGCCACAGAUCUCUUCUAAGGAGAGCUCCUCAAAUCCUCCUGCAGGGUCAGCGCUGCCAGACACAAGUCUAGUUGUCUCGCUUCAGGCAGGGACGUCUCAUACCUCAGAUCAAAUCCCCUCAACCGAGGCGUCACUGAUUGCCGAGAUUCUUCGCUCAGGCGAGGCUCAAGAAAUCGUGGUGGUCGGAGAGGGUGGCGACUGGUCCAACUUGCACCUGAAUCAGAAUUAUCUGGUGCAGCGGGAAGAUGGCACCGUCUGCCAGGCUGCCAUCGUCAACCAGCUUUCAACAGGGGAACCGAAGCUGUUCGAAGAGGGGGUGCACGCCCAGCCCCUGGAGGUAUACGAGUUCUGCAGCCUGGUGGAGGAGGUCGCAGAGGAAACCAUUUGCGUCGGCGGCAGCGCGCAGAUCCCUCACUCCCCGGGCUACGAGGUGAACUUGUUUAACGCCUUAUUGGAAAACGCAGACGAGGACCUCGAGCCGUCUAUUCACACAGUUACCGGAGCUGACACCAUCUACAUUUCCCAGGAGCCCCUCGGGGCAACCGCUGAUAACGCUCUGUCUGUUCAGAACCCCCGAGUGGUGGGACAGCAUUUAGUGCUAAAUUCUAACCAAACUGUAGAAGUUGCGCACACAAGUGAAGUUUGUUUAGUCCAAGUGGCUGCUGUUACAUCCGACUCGUUCACCGUCGAGUCUGACGUUGCUGCACAAACUGGGACCCAUUGUUCACAACCCGGGUCGGUAGACUUGGGUUUAUCACAAGUGAGCAGUUCUGCUGCAGUUCAAACAGUUUCUGUGCAGCACGAAGCCCCUUUAUCGCCCGUACUCCCCGGCGAGGACUCUGAGAUGUCCUCUUCUGUUUCUGUGCACGUCUCCAGCGCUCCAAGCCAGACCCCAGCGUUCACUGUUGUUAGUGCUGUCAAACCUGAAUAUUGUGUUUCUUCACCAGAAGGAACCAGAGUGACUCUGUCUCUCACUCCAUCUGUUCACAAUGUGGUGGUGUCCACAGAAACAAAUCCAGAGACGUUCUGCACCACUUACUCCUCUGCUGUCGUAAACCCAAAGCUGCUUCUUUUUAAGCCAGGAGAAACUCCCCUCCUGAAGCACCCACCCUCCCUGCAGGCAAAGGUAUCUAAACCACAGAAUGUUGACAGCGAAUUGGCCGGCACCCUCAGCUCUCCGCCUAAGGAGUGCCUUCCCCAACCUGUCUUAGCCGUGGACUCCCCGUUAGCGUCUACAGCUCUUAGCAGCCACAGAGAUCAGACUCAGUGCAGCGUUGACAAAACGUCAUCUACAACAACUACUGUGAAAGUUCAACAGACUGCAUCCAUCAUGCCUACAGCUUCAACCAGCAAAUCUGAGGCCUUAACUGUUUCUGAAACAUCAUCAAAAGAGGCAGAUCCCCUAGACGCCCCCCAGCCUGUUACACCUCAAACCUUCAUCAUGCUUUCAGCACCAGAAGAGAGGGACGAAACUGAGAAUCCCAAUGACUCCAACAGCUUCCCCGAUGAUGCAGAGGACGAGAGCGAGGACAUGGACCAAGAUCAGGACGAACAGGGAAGCGACGUCCAAGAGGCUGAUUUGGGACACGUCAGCAGCGCCGAGGAAGAUAGCGAUGAUGAGGCAGACCCAGACGGGAGUGAGAUAACAACACCCAGCUCUUCACACAAGCAAGGGAAGAGCAAGACAGACACACAAGCACUGUUUCGGAAGGUGCGCCAGUGGAUCUCAGAUCGAGUCGCGGUCAAUUCAUCUCCAUCCUCACCCUCCACCUCCACUUCCUUCCUUGGCCCCUCAUCCACCCCUGAUUGGACAACGCCUCAACGCGAGAGGACCUCGCCUCUCAGAGGUCCUCAUGGCAAGUUUGUUUCUCCUUCGUCUCUGGGCUACAGCUCCUCUUCGCCACCAGACCAAGCUACGCCUCAGCGCUCCCGCGGAGAACGUCACACUGACAUGGCAGAGCUGGCAAAACAUGAAGCAGACAUUGAACAUCGAACCCAGGCUCUAAAGAAAGAAGGGUUCUGGUCAACAAAGCGUCUCUCUCGUCUCCCCGAGCCGCAGAGAAUCAAAGUUCACUGGGAUUACCUCUGUGAGGAGAUGCAGUGGCUCUCUGCUGACUUUGCUCAGGAGAGACGGUGGAAAAGAGGUGUGGCCAGAAAGGUGGUGCGAAUGGUGAUGCGACAUCAUGAGGAGCUGCGGCAAAAGGAGGAAAAAGCCAAGAGAGACGAGCACGCCAAAAUCAGAAGAGUAGCCGCCUCUAUUGCUAAGGAAGUCCGGGCGUUCUGGAGCAAUGUCGAGAAGGUGGUGCAGUUCAAGCAGCAGUCUAGGCUGGAGGAAAAGCGCAAGAAGGCUUUGGACCUUCAGCUGGACUUCAUCGUUGGCCAAACGGAGAAAUAUUCUGACCUCCUUAGCAAGUCGCUGGCGAGGCCGUCAGACACCGACUUAUCUCCCCAGAAAUCUCUGCCACCUCCUGUUGAUGAAGAAGACAGAGACUUUGAGCCUCGUGAUGAAGAGGAGGACGAUGAAGAGACCAUAGAGGUGGAGGAACAGCAAGAAGGCAAUGAUGCCGAAAGCCAUCAGAAGGAGAUCGAGCUCCUAAAGAAGGAGAGCAUGCUGCCCCUGGACCAGCUGCUCAGCACGCUCAAACUGCCACCCCCCCAGGAGUCUGGCUCAGAGGAGGAAUGCUCACACGAAUCUUCUCUAUCGGCGGAGGAGGAUGAAGAUGGAGAAUUUGCUGCCAACGAGGAGGACGCUGAGGAUGAGGAAGACACCAUAGCAGCCCAGGAGAAGGUGGAAGGGAAUGUCAACCACGCUGAGGAGCUUGAUGACCUGGCCAAAGAGGGCGACAUGAGCCUGGAAGAGCUUCUGGAAAAGUAUAAAGGAGCAUAUGCAUCUGACUUUGAGGCUCCGUCUGCGUCUGUCUCCAAAGCCAGCUCUGAUUCUGAGGUGUCUGGGGAUGAGGAGGUGGAGAAUGAGGAAGAUGAGAGUGAUGUGGAAAGCAACACAUCAUCUUCAGAUUCUCCUGGGGAUAGUGCAGACGAUGACACCGAGAAGGGGGAGAGUGAUGAAGAGGAGGAUGAGUGUGGAGAUGAAGGGAUGGAGCUUUUGCUGAAGGAGGGGGACCACAGCCCUCCCUCCUCCAGCUCAAGGCCAAAGAAAGAGAUCAGCCAUAUUGCUGCAACAGCAGAGAGCCUGCAGCCUAAAGGCUACACUCUGGCUACAACCAAGGUGAAGACCCCCAUCCCCUUCCUGCUUCACGGAACUCUGCGGGAAUACCAGCACAUCGGACUGGACUGGUUGGUCACCAUGUACGAGAAGAAGCUCAAUGGGAUUCUUGCUGAUGAAAUGGGCCUGGGUAAAACCAUCCAAACCAUUGCUCUGUUGGCUCACCUUGCCUGUGAAAAAGGGAACUGGGGUCCCCACCUCAUCAUUGUGCCCACCAGUGUGAUGCUGAACUGGGAGAUGGAGCUGAAGCGCUGGUGUCCAGGGUUUAAAAUCCUCACUUACUUUGGCAGCCAGAAGGAGAGGAAGCUGAAGCGACAGGGCUGGACGAAACCCAAUGCUUUCCACGUGUGCAUUACUUCAUACAAGCUGGUGCUGCAAGAUCAUCAGGCCUUCAGACGUAAAUCCUGGCGUUAUCUGAUCCUGGACGAGGCUCAAAACAUCAAAAACUUUAAGUCACAGCGUUGGCAAAGUCUACUCAACUUCAACAGCCACCGACGCCUGCUGCUCACAGGAACUCCUCUGCAGAACAGCCUGAUGGAGCUCUGGUCGCUGAUGCACUUCCUCAUGCCCCACGUCUUCCAGUCGCACCGGGAGUUCAAGGAGUGGUUCUCCAACCCGCUGACAGGAAUGAUCGAGGGCAGUCAGGAGUACAAUGAGGGCCUGGUCAAGAGGCUCCACAAGGUCCUGAGGCCGUUCCUGCUCAGGAGGAUUAAGGUCGAUGUGGAGAAGCAGAUGCCGAAGAAAUAUGAGCAUGUGGUGCGCUGUCGCCUCUCCAAAAGGCAGAGAUUUCUCUACGACGACUUCAUGGCACAAGCCUCGACCCGGGAGACCUUGGCCAGCGGUCACUUCAUGUCUGUAAUCAACAUCCUCAUGCAGCUCCGCAAAGUGUGCAACCACCCCAACCUAUUUGACCCUCGACCCAUCCAGUCGCCUUUCAUCACACAGCCCAUCGUUUUCCACACUGCCUCCCUGGUGCAGGAAGCUCUGGAGGUUUCUCCUCUAAAGCGCUGCGACCUAUCUGCAUUUCGCCUUGUUGGUUUGGAGCGCCACGUUAGCCGUUACCAGGCAGACGUGUUCCUGCCGCGCCACAAGGUCAGCCGCCAGCUUAUACAGGAGAUCACAGAGUCCCCAGAACCACCUCCAAGACCCAAACCCGUCCGCAUGAAGGUCAACAGGAUGUUCCAGCCUCCUCCUAAGGGUGAUAAUCGUCCGGUACUACUGAUGAACAAACCCACAUGCUCCGUUCCGCCUGCAGCUCAGACCCCCAAACCUCCUCCAUCCUCCGAGCCCGGUCCAGCUCCAGUUCCUGCCCCUGUAGUUCAGCAAGUGGUGUGUUCUGUGGCGCCCACAGCUCCUCCUCGUCCUCCCAUCAAUCCCGCUCCUCAAACUGCAGUAAGAUCCAGCGCCCCAAAACCGAUACUGACCGUACGGCCUCCCAGUGCUCCCUGUGCAGCCAGUAUCUCAGCCCAUUCAAGCCCGGCCCCAAGCAGCAUCAUGCCUCAGAGGGUUUUACUGAGCCCUGACAUGCAAGCAAGGCUGCCAUCUGGUGAGGUAGUGAGCAUCGCACAGCUGGCUUCUCUGGCAGGGCGACCUGUAUCUUCAAGCCAAGGCAGCAAACCCGUCACCUUCCAGCUUCAAGGCAACAAACUGACUCUUUCUGGAGCUCAGAUCCACCAGGUCCCAGCAGCUGGGCCACGCCCUGUUCAAGGGAACGUGAUGCACCUUGUGUCCAGCGGCGUGCAGCAUCACCUCAUCAGCCAGCCUGCACAGCUGACUGUCCAGGCAACCACCAGCACAGCUGCUGCAAACAAGCUGCCACUCAAUGCCUCACCUCAAGUGCCCUCAACCAUGGUGAGCAACCCUGGAGUUGUGAAGAUUGUUGUGCGCCAGGCAGCAGGCAAGGAGGGUGGGCCUGUGCCCACGUUGGCAGUCGCUCCUUCCCCACGUCUUGCUCCCCAGGCUCCAAACCCUUCCCUGCAUCCCUACACCAGCAGCACUCCUGUCAGGAGCACAGCUCCCCUGCAGAUUGCCCCCCGCACCCCAGGUCCUGGUCCCGGUCCUGCUACAGCUCACUACACCAUAGCUCCCGUCAGACACCCAGGCUCCAACCCAAACCAGCCCCAACCCCUGCGACCUGUCCUCAAAGUAGUGCAGCCUCCUCCCUCCAGCACAGAGCAGCCAGCUCCACCUCAGGUUGCUGCCUCACCAGCUGCUAAACCCUCGACAGCCCCGCGAGACGGCAGCAGCCAGCCAGCAGCUACCAGCAAGCCAAAGCCCAGUGGGAGCGCACAGAACCGCCCCCCACGCAGGAGAGCACCUCGUCCACCCCUACGCUCUCCUUUUUAUGUGUCGUGGUUGGCUGAUGAGAUCAAACAGCAGCGAGACAGCAGGCUGGACUUGAUCUUCCGGGUCAAUGAGCGCCGCUGCGGGGAAACGCCCAUGUACGGCCGUGAGGUCUUAGACUUCCUGACUUUCCUCCCUGGCCCUCGUCCCUCUCCGGCUGCUCUGAAAGUGGAGGGGGAGUGGAGCCGCUCGGGCCACAGCAGCUGUGUGUAUGCACAGCAGCAGGACCAGCAGGACUACUGGUUUCAGAGCACUGCUCUUAGGGAUGCCAUCUACAGCCCUGACAGGAGGGUGGAGCUCCUCAGUGAUAUAAUCGACAGGUUUGUGUUUGUGAUUCCUCCUGUGGAAGCGCCUCUGAUCACCAUGCACUGCUGCCACCCUCCUCCAUCUCUGAGCCACAAACAGGCAGUGUUCUCCUCCACACUGUCGGCUCAAGUCGCUCCGCUAACUCGCAGCCUCCACCGCAUCCACUGCAACAUGAGGACUCAGUUUCCUGACCUGAGGCUCAUACAGUAUGACUGCGGUAAGCUUCAGACUCUCCACACUCUGCUGCGAAAGCUGAAGUCAGGAGGCCACCGCGUGCUGAUCUUCACUCAGAUGACGCGUAUGUUGGACGUGCUGGAGCAGUUCCUCAACUACCACGGACACAUCUACCUGCGCCUGGAUGGCAGCACCCGCGUAGAGCAGAGACAGGCCCUCAUGGAGCGUUUCAACGCAGACCGGCGCAUCUUCUGCUUCAUUUUGUCGACGCGCAGCGGAGGCGUCGGGGUCAAUCUGACGGGGGCUGACACUGUGGUUUUCUACGACAGCGACUGGAAUCCUACCAUGGAUGCUCAGGCGCAGGACCGCUGUCACCGCAUUGGCCAAACCAGAGAUGUCCACAUCUACAGACUAAUCAGUGAGCGAACAGUCGAGGAAAACAUUUUAAAGAAGGCCAACCAGAAGAGGAUGCUGGGAGAUAUGGCCAUCGAGGGAGGAAACUUCACCACUGCUUUCUUCAAAGAGCAAACCAUCAGGGAGCUGUUUGACGUCAACGAUGGAGAGAAGAGGGAGGCGGCCUUGGAGCUGUCUGUGCCUCAGGCGGAGGAAGAGGAAGGCGUCAACAAACAGAGCACCACCAUUCUGGAGCAGGCUUUGUGUCGAGCCGAGGAUGAGGAGGACAUCGUGGCCGCCUCUCAGGCCAAAGCAGAGCAGGUGGCGGAGCUGGCAGAGUUCAACGAGAACAUCCCACUGGACGACGGAGGGGAACAGGAGGAGGUGGAGGAGCUCUCCAAGGCGGAGCAGGAAAUUGCUGCUCUGGUGGAACAGCUCACUCCUAUCGAACGAUACGCCAUGAACUUCCUGGAAGCUUCUCUGGAAGACGUCUGCAAGGAGGAGCUGAAGCAAGCUGAGGAGCAGGUGGAAGCUGCCAGAAAGGGCCUGGAUCAAGCCAAGGAGGAGGGACUGAUGCUCCACCAUUCAUCCGACGAUGAUGACGAUGACUUCCUGUCAACACCAGCUUCUGAACCCGCUCAGCAGACUCCUCCCCGCCGUGGACGUAAACCCAAGGACCGGAGUCUCACCUCGACGAGGACCAGCGGCCGACUUCGCGGAGCUUCGCCUGAAACUGAACCUGAGCCACAGACGUCCAGAGAGGCGCCUGAAAAACUCCGCAGCGGUCCAAGAGGAAGAGGAGCUGCCAAAGAGCCCACCCCUAAUAAAACCCCCACAUCAGCCAGGCAUUUAAAAGCCUCUUCUCCAGCCAGAGACCUCCAGGCUGCGAAAACAAGGACUCAGCUAAGCCGUUCCCAUCCCAGUCCAGUGCCUUCCCCCUCCACCAGUUCUCCUCCGGCAGCAAAGCAGCAGUGUGCCGGACAGACGGACUCCAAAUCCUCCAAAGCAGCUGAAGAGGAGAAAGAAAGGAGAAUCUCUGAGUCUUCUUUAGAUUCCAGCUUUGGAGCAGAACAUCUAACCAAAGAUGAUGAAGGGCCCAUGUCUCCUCCCUCCACCAGCUCCAGGUCGCCUCGCAAGCGUCAGACAGCCGAUGGAGAGGUCCUCCGGGGUCUGGUGGACGAUUCCCCGUCAGCCAAAGUCCUGCGAAAGCUUCCAGGAAGGCUUGUCACCGUGGUGGAGGAGAAGGAGCCACGAAGGAGGAGACGCAGAGGAAGUGAAGCUGGGGGCUCCUCAGAGGAGGUGACUGCAGAGGAGCACAGCGCUGGAUUUACAGAGGAACCAAGCCAAGACGAUACAUCGCAGAGCCCCGAAGAAAAGACUAAACUGACCGUAGACCAAUCCCCUCAGGAUGGCGACUCAGGCCAAAGUCUGACUGUUCAUCCUCAGCCUGUCAGAGGCUACCCUCCCUACUCACCACCACACCUGUCUCCUGACAUGCCAGUGCUAAGAAACCUUCCGGUACGACGUAGACUGGAAACCGAAUCCCGCAUGGCGGCUCAGCUGGGCGAGCAGCAGCAGCAGCAGCUUCAUGGCCGAGGAAGAGGAACAUCCCAGACCAAGAAACCGGAGCCUCAGUCCAGCAUGAACUGCCUCGUGACGCCUUUUAAAAGAAAGAGGGGCCGCCCCCCUAAGACCCCCACUGCUUUACCUGAGCCUGAAACUAGAGCGGUUCCUUCACUUCCUUCCUCCCCUAGCGAAGGCAGGAGCCCACCUCUGUCCCCAAAACGAAAGAGGGGUCGUCCCCGAAAAGACUCCACAGCUAAAUCAGAGGCUGUUUGUGAAGCACAGAGCCCCAAUGAAACAAAAACUGAAACCAGAAUCCCCCCACAGACCCCCACUGCAGAUACAGCCUCUGAGUCUGAGCCAGGAGCCACGGAAACACCAGAAGCUUCAGACUUAGCUCCGCCUCCUGCUGAGGCGUCCAUGUCAGACUCUGCUUCCAGUCAGACUGCAGCUCAACCUGUCGCCCUGCCUGCUUCAGGUCAGAGUCACCCCCCAUCCCCUGUGGUCUCCAUGCCAGAGACCACAAGCCACUCCUCAGCAACUCCUCCCUCUGUGGUGCCAACAGCAGAUGUUUCUACAGCUGCUUCAGAACCAAACUCCUCCCUUAUUGCUGCAACUAUGGAAUCCACAGAACCGGACUCUGCUGAACCCCCAGCUAAUGCUAAUGAUGAAACAUGGAAAGCUAGCCCCCCACCUGCCACAGCAACAGCUCAACCUUUAUCGGAGCAUGGCAUUACGGACAAAUUGAACACAGAUGCUGCUGCUCCACAGGACCUCCUGGAAAACACUCCUGCUACUACAGAAGUGACCGUGACAUCAGCUCCACGUGAAGAGGUUACUGAGACGGAAUCAGCCAACCAAUCAGACGGCAAUGCUCAAGAAGAAACGGAGAAAACGGACACACCAAACUCACCCCCAACCACACCUGAAAAGAUUUCAGAAACAGUUUCUCCUGCUGAAGACGAGACUCCAGCAGCAAAUACUGAAGUGACUUCGGUUCUGAUGCAGUCGGCUUCAACACCACCUGCGCCGACGGAAACGGCUCCAAUAGAACCAGAGCCAGAACCGUGUGAAGAAACCUCUGCAGCUUCCCCAGCUACAACCCCCACCGAGGCGAACCCAUCCCCAGAAACCUCUAAUGAAGCAGCUGCUGGGCCCAAUACAUCUGCAAAAACUUCAACGGAGGAAAUCAGCACUUCUAUUUCCUCAGCUGCUGAGGAAACUGUCGACGCAGAAAAAGCUGUCGCAGACAUAGAAGCAGCUUCAACAGCAGCCUUUGUUUCCUCUCCUUCGCUCUCAACCAACCAAACCACAGCAAUCAUCUCCCCGGGGAUAGAACAGUCCACAAACGCUCCUGCAACGAUCCCUACAGAGAAUGCCACCGCUGAUCAACCCAAAACCGACAAAAUAAAGAAAACUAAAGACUCAGAAAUGGUAUCGGAUGGAUUGACGGAACAACCGGGAUCCAGCAAGGAAGAACCGGGAUCCAGCAAGGAAGAACCGGGAUCCAGCAAGGAAGAACCGGGAUCCAGCAAGGAAGAACCGGGAUCCAGCAAGGAAGAAAUGGGAUCCAGCAAGGAAGAACCGGGAUCUGGAAAGAAAGAACCGGAAUCCAUUAAGGAGGAGGACAUCUGCCGGUCACUGCCUAAAAGGAGAAAGGUGGAAACCUCCUCUGACUCAGGCAAGGAAAAAGAAGAAGUAGCCAAAACUGCUCCUCAGAAAGAAAAGGCUGAGAAAGAAGCAGAAGACCAGAAACUUUCCAAAAAGAAACGGCCUAUAAGCCGGGAGAGCAGCCAGGAAUCUGUUCGCUCCUCUUCGCCUUCAUCUGGGAGCUCCUCAUCGACCCUCACUCGGCAUGCUCACCACAAGAAGACCUACGAGAACCGGAAUCCUUCCAAGAGAAGGCGAACGGAAACUUCUGAGGAGAAGGAUGAAGAAGAGACCAAGAGGGAAGCAGGAACUCCUGCCUCUCGCAGGAGACGUUCCAGGUCUCCCUCUUCCUCCUCCGAUUCUGACAGCAGUGAGAGUAGAAAGCGGCUGACGCGCUCCGCUAAGCGCCAGCUACAGGAUCAGGAAAAGGAAGUGGGAACCAAGGACAGGAAAGAUGUGAAAGCUGCACGCAGUUCUGAAAGAAAGUCAUCGAAUAACACCACCGCAUCCACCGGGGGCGAAUCGGGAAGCGACACGUCUUCCGUCAGAAUCACCAGGAAGUCUGCAGGAUCCCAGCCGUCACAGGACAGCAAAGGAAAGACCAACAGCGCUCCCUUGCUACCGCCUGAGCCAGAGGUUCUUGGGAAACGGUGCUCUGCUCUGAACGCAGCUGCCAAGCUUCUGGCCAUGAAAGGCAGGGUGGACACCCCUGGUCACACGACACGGAAAGACUCAGGGUCCAAAACUGCUUCCUCUACUGACAACAACCAGAAGCCCAAAGUGGUCCAGGCCUCUCCUCAGUGUAACUCUGUCAAUCCCAACAAGAACAAAAGUGGGAAACUUUCAACCCCGGAUCAGACAGGCCACCCUGCAUCCCGCUCGACACGCCAGUGCCCCGGUCAGCUGGUUCCGCCACUGGAGGUGGAAUAUAAGAGGCCAAAACCUGAAGAGAAGGAGAGCAAGAAGUCGCUAAGAGGAAAAGAAGGGGAAGGCCACAGCGCCUGCAGCAGCAUGAGCAGCGACGGUGAGGGUGACUGCGGGGGGCGCAGCAGCCGGAGUCGAAGUAGCAGCAACAGCAGCCAGCGCACCCGCAGCAUCAGCUCACAGAACACGGAGCACAGAGGUUCCCGGGCCGCCUCGUCAGGGAGCGAGCGCGACAGAGACCGCAGCCCUGAGCGAUCAAAGGGCGGCGGUAACAGGAAGGAUAGGCAGAGGGACCGAAAGGACAGCAGGAGGUCCCACAAACCCUCGCAGGACGUUACCAACAGCCCGGGAGCAGAGGGGAUGCCGGACAGAGUCCUGCGGAGCGUUGCAGCGCUGGCAGCCGUGCAGGCGCGCUCCCCGGCUGCAAGCACCCGCUCCUCCUCCAACCAACAGCGCAACAAGACAUGACCAGAGUGCCAAAGAUUUCAAAAAGAAGCUCAAGCAGGAACCAGAACAUGUCACCACCUCCUGACCUGCUGCUGCUGCUGCUGCAUGGGGGAGGGGCAAGUGCUGCACAAAGCAGACCCCUCCCUGCCUCCCUUUCAGAACAGAGUCACCCCUCAUUGAGGGGUGGGGGGGGAUUCAGGGAUGCUGGACCGAUGGAGGAGGUGGAGUGGAUUCAUUUGCCUCCAGGGACAAAGGUGCAAAAUAAACACUUAAAAGUACUGUAGUUAUUAAAGACUGGAACCCAGAGCUGGGGUAUUACAGCAUCCUGUCUGGGGGGGUGGAAUUUUUUUUUUUUCCUCCCAUAAUUUAAACCUAUAAAUGAUCCAUUUAUCCAAACUUUGGCAGUUUGACAACUUCUGCAAGUCAGCUGUCCCGAUUUGUGUCUCUUUUAACAAGUUAUGCCUAUUUCUAUGAUUUCUUCAAGGGUUUUUAGGAAGAAAGCAGGUCUGUCAGAGCGCUGGAUUAUCCCCCCCCCCACCUAGACAGUUCUGUUCAAAGGAUUCAUUUGCACAUUUAGAAGAUAUUGAUUCGUUUUCAUUGUUUUGAUGUUUUAACACGAACUGGGUUUAUCGGUCUUUAAUAUCGCAGUAUCUACAGCUGGAUGACGUCCUGGUUGAACAGUUAACGCUAAGUCUUGUAUUUAUACCGAAUAAUCGGGGCAGGUGAACGUUUUGUGAUGAGUUCCUGUUCGUCCUGACGGUGUCUGACCUCAGAUUGCCACAUGGAAGCGCCUGAUGUGGAGGGGUCCAGAUUCUCAUUCGUAAACACGAAAUAUACAAUCAGUAUCCAGUGCAUCACCAGUGCUAGCAGGUUUAUUCUCCCCAAAUCUCACUAUACCCCCCCCUCCCUCCCAGUUCAUUGGAGAGAAAAUGCGUGUGAAUAUGAGCGGUACAGCUCCAGACGACAGAGGAAUUUAAUUUGAUAUUUGUUGGGAACGGAUGAUUCCUGGUGAUGGUCUUACUUUCGGUUCGUCUCUUUAUCUGUUGCAUUCCUUUGAUCCCUUGUUAUUCCACAUUGUUUUACUUGAAAAUGACAAUUGCAGUUGAAUAAAAAGACCAAAAAUGAUUUUG